AUGGCGACUAUCGAUGUCAGCUCCCACCGGAGGCAUCUCCUAGCUGACGAGCAACUCUUGACCAAUUUACCUGUUGAAUUAUCUCAGGUAAUUCGGAAUUAUGCCGCGACCAAUUUCAUGGAUGCGGUAGCUGCCGCAGCGCUGCUCCCUCAGGCGAGCAACCAAAUAUUUGCCUAUUUUGAGGACGUCUUUGCCGACAUAUGCGCAAGAUGGCUCCUUGCCCCCCAAAAUCGAGCGCAAAGUGACGAAGUUAUUUCUGCUUUUGCAAGGAUACUUCCUUUCGCGCCCUACUUAUCAGUUUUUCUCGAAAAGUAUUUGCGAGAAACGUCGGAUCCAGGCGAAUCCGACUUACAGCGUCUGCGCAUCAUCUCGCUAGAUACACCACAAAUUCUAAACCUGCCAUCGCAGACCUUGGAACCCAUUCUUAUCGCACUAUGGCGACUUCUCAGUUUCGACAAGCGGACUUUCAGCAAGCUUGUGCAGCCCUCUCAGAUACAAGUGCUAUUCGAACACGACAAGCAACCUGUGAGAUACUUGGCAAUCAGGGUUUUCUGCCAAUUAUUAUCUGCCUCGGAUGCAAAACUUGAGGUGCUCAUUAGCAAAUACAUUGCGACGGAUAAUGUGUUAGCCUAUGAUUAUGAGUCGCAAGCUGAAGCUCUGAGGACCUCCGAGGAGAGAGGAACCUCGCUCAUCGGCGACUUUGAUGGUCAGCGUGUGGAUUACACUUUUCUGUCUUUGCAUGAGCAGAAGCGAGCAAGCGCUAUAGAAAAUCUUCGACGAGAAUUGAAAGAUACUAUUCACAACGCCCCGACCGAGAAUUUUCCACUGCAGUCUCUUACGCCUCUUGUCGUUCCUUAUGGUGCCACCCUGCUUCCUAGACCCCGAGGCGCACCGGGCUCGUCUUCGUCCUUGGUGCACUCGUCUACAACUCUUGCAAACCUCGAGAGCCUAUCCCGAACUCUUCAGAAAUCUGGACCGGUGCUAUUGCAUGGCUUGCCUGGUUCUGGCAAAACUUCAGUGGUGAAUGAGCUGGCGCGCGAGCUCGGAAUGGAUUCUACCAUGGUCACCCUCCACUUGAAUGAACAAACAGAUGCCAAGAUGCUGAUUGGCUUGUAUUCAACCGACUCAAAACCAGGUUCUUUUUCGUGGCGGCCUGGUGUGUUGACUACUGCAGUUAGGGAGGGCCGCUGGGUGUUGAUUGAGGAUCUGGAUAGGGCACCAAAUGAGGUUAUGAGCACACUUUUACCUCUGGUAGAGCGUGGUGAGCUUCUCAUUCCGAGUCGAGGCGAGACUAUAAUCGCGCCGAGCAGUUUCCGUCUCUUUGCUACCGUGCGAACGACAAGAGGCAUGCACGAUCAGGAGAGUUUGCCGACUUUGCUUGGUCAACGUUUUUGGCACGCGGUUUCUAUAAAGAUGCCAGUAUCAAGCGAGCUCCAAGAAAUCAUUAUUGGAACGUUUCCACUUCUCCACAAGUACUCACCGGAUGUUAUAUCAGUAUAUAAUAGAUUGGCCAGCCUGCCUUCAAGGUCCGUCGCAGGACGGGGCGUUUCGGAUAGAUCAAUCACACCGCGAGACCUCCUCAAAUGGUGUCGACGCCUAAACGACCUUCUGGUUGCUGCUGGCUGCACGACAGGCGAAGAACCUAUUAGCGAGACCACCCGAGACUGGAUUUUCCUUGAAGCAGUCGACUGCUUUUGCGGAAGCAUUCCCAAUCCUGAUGUGCGCGCCACUCUUGUUAGCAGUAUUGCUCAGCAGAUGCAUCUGCCUCCUCGAAGGGUUGAGCACUAUCUCCAUGCAUAUGUGCCUCAUUUGGAGGAGACGCAGACCAGUCUCAGAGUUGGCCGGACUGCGCUAAGCCGAAAGAUGGGAGGUAACAGAAUCAGCAAACCGAAGAAGACUUUUGCAAGCACCAGCCAUGCAAAGCGGCUAUUGGAGCAAAUUGCCGUGGCCGUCAAGCUUCGCGAGCCGGCUCUUCUCGUUGGAGAAACUGGAAUUGGUAAAACAACCGUGGUACAGCAACUGGCUGAUGUCCUGGGUCAUAAACUCGUUGCUGUCAACCUGUCACAGCAAAGUGAAGUCGGCGAUCUGUUGGGUGGUUUCAAGCCUGUGAACGUGCGAACAUUGGCAGUGCCCCUGAAGGAGGAGUUUGAAGAUCUGUUCUCAUCUACUGGCAUCUCUGCCGACAAGAACCAGAAAUACCUUGAGUCGAUUGGAAAAUGCAUCGCUAAAGGCCAGUGGACGAAAGUCUCGAAACUCUGGCGAGAAGCUCCCAAGAUGUUCCGGAAAAUUCUUGCUGAACUGGAAAAUAGAGCCAAGCAGGCAGUUGCUGAGGAAAGUGAGGAUCGGCCUUCCGUGAAACGGAGGAAGACGGGGUCAAAAUUGCAAUCGUUGCGCGAUCUUCAGUCACGAUGGGAUGCUUUUGACAAGAACCUGGACCAAUUUGAUGUUCAGAUCUCGGGAGGUUCUGGGAGUUUUGCAUUUGCUUUCAUCGAGGGUAAUAUUGUCAAGGCUGCCAGAAAUGGUGACUGGGUCUUGCUGGACGAGAUCAAUCUGGCGUCGCCGGACACUUUGGAAAGCAUUGCGGAUCUGCUCGCGUCAGGGCCAAAUGACGAACCCUCAAUAUUAUUGUCGGAGACGGGUGAAAUUGAGCGUGUGAAAGCCCACCCUGAUUUCCGGAUAUUCGGUGCCAUGAACCCAGCUACCGAUAUCGGCAAGAGGGAUCUGCCUCUUGGACUUCGGUCGCGAUUCACCGAAUUAUACGUCAGCAGUCCGGACAGGGAUCUCAAGGACCUUUUGACGAUUAUCAAGGCAUACUUGAAGGGCAACAGCUCGAAAGACGAGCAGGCCGCUGACGACAUUGCAAGGCUAUACCUCAAGACGAAAGAACUUGCAGAACAGAAGAAACUUGUGGAUGGUGCAAAUGAGGUGCCUCACUUCAGCUUGCGAACACUGACAAGGGUUCUCAGUUACGUCAAUGACAUUGCUCCCUUUUACGGCCUCCGCCGCGCUUUGUACGAGGGCUUUUCCAUGGGUUUCUUGACGCUCUUGAGUCGAGAUUCUGAGGAUCUUCUGACACCUGAAAUUCGCCGACAUUUGCUUGACAAGCGCGGCAAUGCAAAAUCAAUACUGUCACAGCCCCCGAAGCAUCCCAAUGAUGGCAAGCAGUACGUCCGAUUCCAGAACAACGACAAAGACCGCCAUUACUGGCUACUCCAAGGAGUCGAGACUCCGCGAGAAAGGAAGGACUACAUCAUCACAAAAUCCAUUGAGAGGAACCUUCUGAACCUUGUCCGCGCAACUUCGACAAGACGCUUUCCUGUGCUCAUCCAGGGCCCAACCUCAUCCGGCAAGACUAGCAUGAUCGAGUUUCUUGCCAAUUUCAGCGGUAACAAGUUCGUUCGAAUCAACAACCACGAGCAUACCGACUUGCAGGAGUACCUUGGAACCUACGUUUCUGGCGCAGAUGGAAAGCUUCGUUUCCAAGAAGGUCUCUUGGUUCAGGCCCUGCGCGAAGGUCAUUGGAUCGUACUGGAUGAGCUGAAUCUGGCACCAACAGAUGUUCUGGAAGCAUUGAACCGUCUUCUUGACGACAAUAGGGAAUUGCUCAUACCCGAAACUCAGGAAGUUGUUCGACCACACGAGAACUUUAUGCUAUUCGCGACUCAAAACCCGCCAGGAUUGUAUGGAGGUCGCAAGGUGUUAUCUCGUGCCUUUCGAAAUCGUUUCCUCGAGCUACACUUCGAUGACAUUCCGGAGAACGAGCUGCAGACAAUUUUGGAGAAGCGCAGCAUCCACACAGCGCCGUCCGAUUGCAAGAGGAUCGUUGAGGUCUACAAGGAACUCGCUCGUUUGAGACAGUCGAGCAGACUUUUCGAGAACAAGGACAGUUUUGCAACACUUCGAGAUCUGUUUCGUUGGGCUCUGCGAGGUGCUGCGAUCCGAACCCCAACCGUGCCUGGAGCUCUGCCUCGCGAGGAGAUUGCGAAUCAUGGAUUCAUGUUGCUUGCUGAGCGAGUCCGAGACGAGGAAGAGCGUGUCGCAGUCAAGGAGGUCAUCGACAAGGUUUUCAAGGUCAAGAUCGACCCCGAAAAAUUGUACGACGUCAACACUUCACCUUAUCUUGCUCAACUCAAAUCAAAGGAGAACUCACAGGGUGUCGUUUGGACUAAUGCUAUGCGUCGUCUUUACGUCUUGGUUGCACAGGCUUUGGAGAAUAGCGAGCCGGUCCUCUUGGUUGGUGAGACUGGAUGUGGCAAAACAACAGUAUGCCAGCUUUUGGCUGAAGCACUUGGUAAAGAGCUGCAUAUUGUCAACGCUCAUCAAAACACAGAGACCGGUGACUUGAUUGGAUCGCAACGUCCCGUCAGAAACCGUGGAGCUGUACUCGAAGCACUGCACCAAGACCUUGUCAAGGCAUUUGCGCUUCUUGGACAAGCCGUAGAUGGUGAGGUUGAUCAGCUGCUACCACUGUACCAUGCUAUCGAUGCUGCUCAAGCUGCCCAAAUCCCAGAACAACUCCAGCAAAAAAUUCAUGUAAAUGAGGUCAAGAGCAAGGCACUUUUCGAGUGGUCCGAUGGAAGUUUGGUCCAAGCCAUGAGAAGCGGACAGUUUUUCCUCCUUGAUGAGAUUUCGCUUGCGGAUGAUUCUGUUCUUGAAAGACUCAAUUCAGUACUAGAGCCCUCGCGGACGCUACUACUUGCUGAGAAGGGCAUCGACAACUCGUUUGUGAAAGCUGCCGACGACUUCAAGUUCUUCGCAACCAUGAACCCUGGAGGCGAUUUCGGCAAGAAAGAGCUAUCGCCUGCUCUGAGGAACCGUUUCACUGAGAUCUGGGUCCCGCCCCUGUCCGGAGAUGAAGAUGUUCUCCAGAUUGUCAAGUCGAAGCUGAAACCGGAGUUCCAAGAGGCUGCACCUGUGAUCGUUGGGUUUUCGUACUGGUUCGGCCAGGCCUACCGUUCUACAGCUGCAAGCGCUUUCUCGAUCCGUGAUAUCCUAGUCUGGGUCAAGUUCAUCAACGAAAGCACACACAUCUCUCCAGCAGCAGCAGUUAUUCAUGGUGCUGCCACUGUCUUCAUCGAUACGCUGGGUGCUAAUCCGUCGGCCCUCAUCGCUCUUGAUCCCAGGAGCAUGGACUCCCAGAGGCAGCAAUGUCUUGACAGGCUGAGUGAGCUCAUUGGAACCAAUGCUACAUCCAUCUAUCGAGCGCCGUUGGAUCUUGUUGUUGAGAAGGAACAGCUUCGCAUCGGCGAUUUUGUUAUAAGCCGUGCGGCCAACGAGUCGUUUGAAACAGGCUUUGCCCUACACGCGCCCACAACCAAGCUCAAUGCUAUGCGAGUGAUUCGAGCACUCCAGGUACACAAGCCUAUCCUCCUAGAGGGAAGUCCCGGUGUCGGUAAGACAACCUUGGUGAGCGCUUUGGCCAAGGCUUGUGGGCAGCCUUUGACGAGAAUCAACUUGUCCGAUCAGACGGAUCUGAUGGACUUGUUCGGUACUGAUGUACCCGUCGAAGGUGCAGAAGCGGGUAAUUUUGCGUGGCGGGAUGCACCCUUUUUGCGCGCUAUGCAGAAUGGCGAGUGGGUUCUGCUGGAUGAGAUGAACCUUGCUUCGCAGUCAGUUCUCGAGGGUCUGAAUGCUUGUCUUGAUCAUCGUGGCGAGGUCUACAUCAGUGAACUUGAUCAAACUUUCAAGCGCCACCCAAACUUUCGCCUCUUUGCGGCGCAGAAUCCUCAUCACCAGGGUGGUGGACGAAAGGGCCUGCCCAGCUCAUUCGUCAACCGUUUCAUCGUUGUCUAUGCCGAUGUGUUCAGUGAGGACGAUCUUCUUCUCAUUGCUCAGCACAACUUCCCCAGUGCUCCGGCAGAGACGGUCAAGAACUUGAUCAGGUUCAUCUCCAAGUUGGAUGAGAAGGUUGUUGUGGAAAGAGCAUUUGGAGCCCAAGGUGCACCAUGGGAGUUCAACCUUCGUGACACUCUUCGAUGGUUGCACCUCUUGACAUCGCAAGACCCUCUCCUGAAGACUGGCAACGUUGAUGACUUCUUGGAUAUUGUUAUCCGACAGCGUUUCCGCAAUGCCACAGACCGGCAGCACGUCAACGAACUAUUCACAGACGCAUUUGACUCGGUGCCAAAAGAUCACCAGCUGUUCCACACCCGGACUGCUCAGGUAGUGCAGAUUGGACUAGCACUCAUUCAACGAGAUCAGCUCAUCCAGCCGACUCCAUUCCCCUGCAUCGAUCCUGUCAGUCGAUUGGCCGAGAUCGAAUCGGUUCUGAUCUGCAUCAAGCAGAACCUGCCUUGUAUUCUUGCAGGUCCUUCUGGUAGUGGCAAGUCGGCUCUAUUGCAGCACGUUGCGGCUUUGUCUGGUAAGGCUCUUGUGACCUUCCCGAUGAAUGCCGAUAUCGAUACGAUGGAUCUGGUUGGAGGCUUUGAACAGCGUGACCCUCUACGCGAGGUCAAUGUUGCCCUCCAAGAGCUGAGCCAAACCCUUCACAAGUCUAUUUUGCAGGGUCUGCCUCAAGCCGCUCCCAAGUAUGCUGUUGAUCUACUAGGUGCGCUCGAGGAUGUCGACGCCCAAAACGGUGAUAACUCGAGGCUCGUAUCCUUGAUCCAAGGACUGCAGAGUCAGAUUUCUGCAGACUCUCACUUAGCCACACUUUUAACCCGCGCGCAGUCACUAUUGCUGAGACCAACCGGUAUCCGCGAUCCUACAUUCGAGUGGCUGGAUGGCAUCAUCGUGCAUGCCUUGCAAAAAGGACAGUGGCUCGUUCUUGAUAAUGCCAAUCUCUGUAGCGCAUCGGUGCUUGACAGACUCAACGGAUUGCUCGAGCCUAACGGCUGUUUGAUUAUCAAUGAGCACUGUGGACCAAAUGGAGAACCGAGAAUCAUCAACCCUCAUCCCGACUUUAGGGUAUUCCUGACCAUGGACCCACGCUACGGAGAGCUUUCCAGAGCCAUGCGCAAUCGUGCUAUCGAGAUCCAUCUAGACCAUAAUGGCGCGAGCAGACCUACCUACCAACAGAAGAUGGCACAAGUAGAGUCAAGCCUCUCGAGAUUCGAAUUACUGAAUGCGGCUAUCUCUGUUGACGCAACCGACAAUUCCACCAUAGCACCUUUCGCUGCUGACAACUUGAGUCUCUCGGACUUGCCUGCGCUUGCCAGAUACUGGAGUAAUUUUGGAAGUCCGGCAGUCAACAGUAGCCCGCAAGAACAACUGGACCAGAGCGCAUCGAGCACACAGGACCAUGCACUCGGCUCGCUCAUGUCCUUUACCAAGUCUGCUACUGGUACAACCACGACGAUGUGUAAUGCUUUGCAGGUGGUAUACGGGCAAUUGUCUGACCAUGUAUACCCUGGCUUUGGUGAUGUGCAGCCGAUUCACUCAUUGCACAAUGCUGUCGUUCAACCUUUACUGGCCGGUCAAGACCUUGGUAUGCCGACCUGGCUAGCGAUUUGUUACGAGAUUUACGCGGACAUCCUCAAAGCACGAUCCUCGAUGACAAGUGAACUGGACAAGGUUUACAGCGAAGGUCUCAGUCUUUCUUCUCACAACCGAUUCCAACGCUCUUGCAGAGCUGGUCAGGUGCCUGACUUCGCAAAGGACUCCACGGCUGAGGCAGCCAAGUUUCUCGAAGGUACUCUUGGUGCACUAGAGACCUACCUGCAGAAUCAACUCACAACCCCAGGCGACUUUACAGAGCGGAAGCACUUUUUGAAGAACUUGAUGCACUUUUGGUGGCGUACCUUCGCGCAGCUGUCUGGCAACGUCACGUCUUACUUUGAUGAGGCGGCCUUCCAAGCUCAUCUACGGAUUGGCACAGAAUCUUUGACAAGAUAUAUCGCAGAAGAUGCUCAUGAUGUCGUGACCCGGGAACUUGGGUCGUACAUUUUGAAAGGUCUCACUGAAAGUUUUCUUGCAGGCUUCAGGUUGAGCACGGGAUUGAGUAUCGAGUCAUUGUGGACCAGAUUCAGGCCAAUGUCCAUCGCCAAUCACCAUCUUUCGGAGAUGAUAUACACCUUGGAAUCUUUUGCACCCCAAUUCGAUCGUCUGAAAUGGGACAAUAGGGCAUCUGUGCUCGAGCUCGCCCAGGUCAUCACAUCCUUAACGAACACGUACAAAUUGAUUCGAGAAGAUGUUCCCCAGGGCGACGAUAUCAUCAAAACUGUUCGUGAGCAGCUCGAGAAACUGGCUUCCGAGACUGAGAGCCAUCUUGCCACCCGACCUUUCAUGGCCGGUGAAUUCGAGUAUCUGCGCCAAGUAAUCACUCUCGAAUCAAUGGCACGCCAAAAAGCUAUCAACACCCAUGUUGAUGAGGCGCUUGUCCUUUCGGAUCUUCCUAUCCUCACUCAAUUGCAGCUUCUGAGCAGCACGCCCUCAUCGCAGGCCCUCCAAUAUGCUGGCUACCUGAUGCAACCCAGAACACUCAAAUAUUUGAGCGAAGACAAUGAAUCGUCGCCUGUGUAUGCUUGGUCGGAAAGCUUGUCAACUCGCCUAGUCUCAAGACUUGAAUCCAGCGGCUCUAUCAAGCUUCAAGCUAUGCACAUGUUGGAUGUUGAGUUGCCUGCUCUUGCAAAGAAGAUCGCACAAAAUUCUGAAGCUAUCACGGAUGACCCACUCCGUAAAUUGGGCGAUGGCCUUCGUGUACUUCUUAACAACCUCAUUGAAGCGCUUGGUGCCGACUUCAGCGUCGAGUUCAGUCAAGUCAGAGACGCAAUUGCAAACAGCGCUUCAAAAGCAUGUGUCAAGCUCACGAACUCCGGAUUGCAGUACAACCUGGGUUUUACUCCACAAUUCUCGACAAAGAUUCCUGUGCACCUUGCCCAAAUAACCCUUCAGCAUCUGGUUCCAGCCAUCAUCUCGAUGUGGGCUGCAAAUGAAGACGCCCAAGCGAGGCAAGCGUAUCUGGCCAAUGCAUGGAUUCAUUUCAGUGUUUGUACCAUCAAACUCUUCAUCCCGGACAAGAUCUACGAUCCUCAACUGAAGCCUCUUGUUGAAGCUCAAAGCUACGAGGAGAGGCUUCAACUUCUGUCGGAGCAGCUAGCGUCUCUUGAAAAGUUCUCGAGCUUCCUUACUGGCCAAUCGACGAACCUUCGGAGUAGACUGGUGCAGGAUGAGAUUGUCCACCUUGGUACAAAACCUCAGUUGCUGGACCCAGUCUACCGAUCGACGGGCGGUCUACGUGGCGAUGAUCUGCGGGAGCUACAGGGCCAUUUCAAUAACAUUCUGAAGGCUGUCCUUGAUACAGACAUCCCAGCAGUACUGGCGCGUCAUUGCCUUGGUGACGAGGAUGCAACCCUGCAGCUUCAGGUCGUUCAGCAGAAUGUUGCUGCACUUCUUCAUAGGAUGAGCUGGAGAAAGAACAGCGAAUAUGAAGACCUCCGCGCUCCAGCAUUGAAUAUUGUGCACUGCCUCGAGAUUGGACUUUCCCUUUCCGACGGGGCUCUCAUACAAGUUGCCUCUAAGAAGCCGUUAUCAAGUCAUCUUGUAGGACUAGUGCCAUUCAUGGGCGGCACACCUGACAACAGCCCACUCAAUGGCAGUACCGUUGACGAAAUGUGUCUGCUAUCCUACAUUUCCGCAGCUGUCUCAGUCGAAAGUACCGAAGGUCUGGAUGCGAGCAUGCGCGAGAUCCUCUUCCGCGCCAUCAACUCCUUCUAUGACAGCUGGAGCCAGAAGCUCGAGGCCGACCGGAAGGCUGAGGAGCAAAAGAAGAGCAUGUACCGCUAUCGCGAUGGCUAUGACGAGCAGGAAGCCAAGGAGCUGGAAGACUUCCAGGAACUCUUCCCCGACUAUGACCAAGCCCAAGAUUCAUCGCAACCAUUGAAGAUCAGCGACGCUCGCGCUUUGGCUAUCGAGCUAGCGCAAGUGCACAAGCGAAUCUUUAUUGCCCCACGUCCACCCAAGGAGAGCAUACAAGAUCUCAGCAAGCUCGCCAUUCGCAAAUUCAGUGCAGCAGCCGAGAAGCAAGCCUCUGACCGUACCUUGCUUCCCGCGGCCCUCUUGGCCUUGGACGACAAGCUGGAGGCCUUCAGGUCGACUCCAAUGUCAACAAGUUACAACUUCUACGUCGACCCGAACCUCCCUGAGGCUCGAAAGCUCGUCAAACUGGCAAAUGAGACCAGGGCACGUUUCCGUCAAUUGCAACAGGUCGAUGAGAUCGGCCAUAUGCAGCCUCUAGUUGAUGUCAUUGGCGCAUGUGACGCCCUGCUCGAUCUAUCUCACACGGAACCAUUGGCGAAAGUCAUCACUUUGCUCGAGAAGCUACAUGGACACGUUUAUGAAUGGCAGCAUGGUGGCUGGGCGCCGAAGAUUUAUGGCGCCUUGACUAUCUACAACAACUUGACAGACAUGAUUGUCUCGUGGCGACGACUUGAGCUCUCCACCUGGAGCAACCUAUUUGACAUGGAGGCUAAGAAGUGUGAAGAUGAUGCCAACUCCUGGUGGUUCAUCGCAUAUCAGGCAGUCAUUGCUGGACCCAUGGUACUGGCCCAUUCCGGGGCUGACAUGUCUGCCCACGCUACAGAGUUGCUGAAGAAUCUAGAGGCGUACUUCUCCACUGCUGUCGUUGGCCAAUUUGUGGCUCGUUUGGCUUUACUCAGACAGCUGUUUGAACAGCUUAAGCUCCUCGUAGUCGACUGGCCUGCCAUGUCGAUCAUUCGCGAUGCCGUCUCCAAUUUCAUCAGCUACUACGCGCAUUUCGAGAAGCUUGCCGAAGAGACCAUUGUUAAGGGACGAGCACCCAUUGAGAGACAGAUGAAGGAUGUACUUCUUCUAGCGAGCUGGAAAGACACCAACAUUGUUGCCCUUCGCGAAAGUGCACGCAAAUCUCAUCAGAAGCUCUUCAGAAUCGUGCGCAAAUUCCGCGAUGUCCUCGGACAACCGAUGCAAGCAAUCAUCGGCACUGGUCUUCCAGAUGAGCCUCAAGACGGCUCCCCUAUGUCUGCAAUAAGCCUCGGUGAAGCUCCCAAUGUCAAUGACAUGGCAUUGCGCGUUUGUGAAGACGUCGUUCCUGAGUGGCAGACCGCGUACAAGAGACUGGCAAAUGUGUCCAAGACUGUGCGCAUUAUGACGAAAAUGGCACAGCUUCCAUCGUCUAGUGUUGAUGCUUCCGAGGUCGUCUCCGCCUUCUUGUCGGACCUGGAGACCUCGGCCACGGAGUUGCGCAAGGAGACGCCGCCAUUUCUGACUGAUGAGAACAAGGAUUUGGUGAAGCACCUUAAAUCUAGAAAGAGAAAGCUCUUUGCAGAGACCCUCCGAAGUGUCCGGGACAUGGGAUUCCGAUACAACCUGGGUACCGAUGUUCUGGCCCAGCAAGAAUCUCUAUCUGUAGUGCUCUCAACCACGCCCCCGGACUCUGCUUUCCAAUCGGAACUUGAGAAGAGCACAAGUGCAGAAUAUUACUUCCACAAGAUGCUUGACCUUGCACCACGUUUCCGAAGCGCUGCCCAAACUCAUAAUGAGGAUCUCACUGGCGCUGAAGUCACCAGAAGUAUUGGAUACCUGGAAAGCAUGAUGCAGAGCAUUCUAAAUCAACGUCGCAACCUAGCUACUACUGGCCGCGACUUUGGCGAGUUCGUGAAGCAAGCAGCCAAGCUCUCGGCAUUUACAAAUGCCCAAUCGGCCACCAGUAUCUCCAGAGAGUCGACGCGCAGUAAUUCAAGCAAAAUUCUGGCUUGGAUCACGGCGCUCCUCUCAUUCGGUGUCGACCUUGUCCGGCUUCACGGAAAAUUCAGUUCUUCUGACAACACUCCACUAGUUGAAUUGCUCAAGUCGUACCUAGGGCGAUUACACGAUUUGAAGAAAAACUGGAAGAACAACAUGCUUCCUCCUGGACUUGUCACUACGGAUCAGCGCCUCGUUGAGAAUCAACUAAUGGAAAUUCUGGAGCAACUCGCCACAGACUUGCAGGUACACGGCGAAGCUCGUCCUGACCUUGCCUUUAUCCUGGAGCAAAUUCUUCUCUGGACGACCAUUGACGUUCAAAAUAUUGACACUAUCAACGCUGAUCAGGUUGCCCCCUCCAAGCUACUCGCCUCUUUCAAGCAACUCACUGACAGUAUCCUCGUCGCCAUUGAGCGCUACAACAAAGCAUUCGCCGAUGUGCCUACCUCGAGCGACCAAGCGGGGUGGCUUAUUCAAUACGACAAUGCCAUGUCUGUUUCUCUCCGGGCUCUUCAUAUACCCAAGAUCAUCGAAAGCCUCCAGGCAACGAUGACUGCCAUCUCUGGUGCUGAGAUUGAUGACAAGAGAGUUGGAGAAUUAGCUGCUAGUCUCUCGGCCGUGGCUUCUCCCAUCAUCCAACGCUAUUGGAGCAUUUGCCAGCACGCUCUUUCGGUCUACAGACAUUUCCACAAAGACGUCACACAGAUGGCCUUCAGCCUCAGCAAGACGUUUGUUCAGUUGGCUGGGCAAGGUUUCUGUACUCCCCAGGAGAAGUCGGACGAGACGUCUGGUGAAAGCGGCAAGUUGGAAAGUGGUACAGGACUGGGCGAGGGUGAGGGCGCCGAGGAUAUCAGCAAGGAUAUCCAGCCCGAUGAGGACCUCUCUGAACUCGCCCAGGAGAAGAACAAGGAGUCGAAAGAUGGCGAGAUUGAAGAUGAGAAGGAUGCCGUUGACAUGGCUGACGAAGAAAUGGAAGGUGAACUUGGAAGCGUCGCUGAUGAGGACGAGGAUGACAAGGGCUCCAAGUCUGGCGAUGAGGAGGAUGGCGAGAAUGAUAUGGACGAAGAGUCGGGCGAUGUCGAUGACCUGGACCCCAAUGCGGUAGACGAGAAGAUGUGGGAUGGUGAGAAUGAGGAAGAUGCCGAGAAGGAUCAACAGGGCGACAAGCCUAAGGGUCAGCAAAAGCAGGAUGAGCAAAUGGCUGCCGAUCAAAAUACGGACGACAAGGAUGCUCAAAAUGAAGAUGGUGACCAGCAAGGUGAGGAGGAAGAGAACGAUGAGCUUGGUGCAGAACAAGACGAGGAUGUUCAGUUCGACGACAUGAACCGACAAGACCAAAAUGUCGAGGAACAGGAGACCUUGGCGUUACCCGACGAUAUGAACAUUGACGGCAAUGAUGACGAUGACUUGUCAUCAAUCAGUGACGAUAAUUUGGACGAACUAUCGGAUGCCGAAGAACAGGAUACCAAUGAGCAGGGCGAGAUUAGCGACAAUGAGAGUGAAAAGGGAGAUGGAGACGAAGGCACCAUGAAUGUUCCUACGGAAGAGGAAAAGGAUGAUGCUGAGAUGGAAGAGCAGCAAAAUGAGGAGGCGAACAUCCAGGAGGAUGAAGAAAUGGAAGCCGACCCCGAGCUUGACGAUCAAGAGAAAACCGAGGACCAAAUUAAGAACGAAACGGACCCCAGUCAGGCCGAUGUCGCGCCAAGUGAUGUUCGCAGCGGCGGUCAAGACCAGAACGCCGAUCAAACAGAGGAACAAGAGCAGGAUAGUGCCCAGGAAAAUGCUGCUGAACGAGAAGGAGGCGAGAUGGGAGAAAGUGCAGCUGACCAAGACACCUCUGCUGGAAACAAGGGCAACGUCUCACAAGCUCAAGAACAGGCUGCUGAUGGAGAGAUGGAUGACGCCAAGGACUCAUCCAACGAUCAGCCUUUCAAAGCUCUGGGCGACGCUCUUGAGAAGUUCUAUCGCCAACAGCGCGACAUCAAAGAGGCAAAGAAGGAGGAGACUCAACCGCAACAGGAUAUCAAGGCCGAUGCGAGCGAGCAGGAAAUGGCUUCGCGGGAGUUCCAGCACCUCGAGAAUGACGAGUCGGCAGCCGAUGCGCAGGCUGUCGGAACGGCCACGGAAGAUGAAGCACGCCCCUUUGACGAUGCCAUGGCCAUUGAUGACGAGACACAAGCUCAAGACAAUCACAUCCAGCCCGAGGAUAAGGAUGAACUUGGUGAGGACACGGCCGAGACCGAAAAGAUGGACACCUCGGAGCCCCUUGAAUCAGCUUCCAAGCAAGAUACCAAGCCAGACGAGCCGCGCACUGGUGUCUCGACUCGACAAGGCGCAUACGACCGCGAAGAGACCCCGCCCAUGGAAGGAGUAGAACGCGAAAUUCAAGACGAAGAGGAAGACGUGGAAGAGACAUCUGUUCAGCUCGAGUCUACACAUUUGUCAGCACCAGCUUUUGAGCUGAGAGACUUUGAGGAGUCCAUGCAGCAGUGGACCAGUUUCCAGUCAAAGACAAACCCACUGUCUCUCUCGCUCACCUCCCAGCUUCGCCUCAUUCUUACGCCAUCGCAAUCCACCAAGCUCUCUGGCUCGUACCGUACGGGUAAACGUCUCAACAUCAAGCGUAUCAUUCCCUACAUCGCUUCGAGCUACAAGCGAGACAAGAUUUGGAUGCGCCGCGCUAUCCCUACCAAGAGAUCGUACCAGAUUCUGCUCUGCGUUGAUGACAGUAAAUCCAUGGGCGAGUCAUCAUCAGGCACCUUGGCUCUCGAGUCCCUAGUCAUGGUUUCACGAGCGCUUACCAUGCUCGAGGUUGGCCAGGUCGGUGUCCUCGGCUUCGGUGCAAACACAUUCAUGGCUCAUGAGUUCACCGAGCCUUUUGCAUCCCACGAUGCUGGCGCCAAAGUGCUACAGAAAUUCAGCUUUGACCAAGAUCAUACGGACAUCAGUUUGUUGAUUCGUCAAACGAUUGCGCGCUUCCGCGCCGCACGUCUACAAAACCCAGGUCGUGGUUCCGAGGACCUGUGGCAGCUCGCCCUCAUUCUGUCUGAUGGUCUCACGCCAUCGGACAAGCACGACGAGAUCCGUCGCCUUUUGCGAGAGGCACAUGAAGAGAGGAUCAUGAUUGUCUUCAUUGUCAUGGACGACACUACGACACACAAGCGCGACAGUGUUCUCAACCUGCGCAAGGUGCAAUUCAUCAAGGACGAUCUCGGCCACACUACGGGCGAGAUGCGCAUGGAGUAUUACCUCGACAGCUUCCCGUUCCGCUACUACCUUAUUGUACAUAAUCUGGAGGACCUCCCGGGCGCCUUGGCAGGCCUUCUCAGGAGUUGGUUUGCCGAAGUCAAUGCUUGA